UUUUUUUUUAGUUGUGUUUUCAUUUACUUCCAAUUCUCACUUCUGCUGUUCGGUCGGUGUCGAGCCAGAUUCGUGGACCUAUUGCAAGCAGAACUUCUAAAAGAACGCUGCAUGUAAAUACAGCGAAAGUCAGCAACUUAAGGCCUCAAUUAAUUGACAACUAAAUGGGGGAGAAACGACUGGAAGAAUAAACUGUUGGAAAGGAAAGCUGGUAGUGGUAGUUCAGUUUACCGUCUAAAAGCAGUGACCACUGGACCAACGCACCCGAACACACGGACGGGAUAGCUACCCCACUGUGGCUGGCUGGCUGGCUGGCUGCACGCUCAGUUUGUGUUGUUGACGGACACCCAUAAUCAAAAUAUAACUGUCAAAGAUGGCCGCCUCAAAGAAGAACAUUAAAAAUCUGACACUUUCUGUCAGAACGGAUGACUCUGCUCCGGCAAAUGCAGUCAAUAAUUCCAGUGCCUCAAUGGAGGCGAUCAACAAAAAGCUAGCAGACGUUCAGCUCCACGUAGACAAGACGCAGCUUGAACGUCUCAAGGUGUUCCUGACAAUGAAAGAGAAGGUGCUGGCCAUCGGGGAACUCAACGGGGACGACUUUGAGAAGCUAGAGGAGCUAGGGGCGGGAAACGGAGGCGUGGUCACCAAGGUGCUACACAAACCUAGUAACCUUACUAUGGCAAGAAAGCUUAUUCGUCUGGAAAUCAAACCAGCCAUUAGGAACCAGAUCAUCAGAGAGUUGAAGGUGUUACAUGACUGCAACUCUCCGUACAUCGUUGGCUUCUAUGGGGCCUUCUACAGUGAUGGAGAAAUCAACAUCUGUAUGGAGCACAUGGAUGGAGGUUCAUUGGAUUUGGUGAUGAAAAGAGCUGAAAAGGGAAGAAUACCUGAAAACAUCCUGGGCAAAGUCACAGUUGCAGUUCUGAGAGGGCUGAGUUAUCUAAGAGAAACACAUGAAAUCAUGCACAGAGAUGUGAAACCCUCCAACAUUCUGGUGAACUCUAGGGGAGAAAUCAAGAUGUGUGACUUUGGAGUGAGUGGUCAGCUGAUUGACUCGAUGGCCAAUUCAUUCGUGGGGACUAGGUCGUACAUGUCGCCGGAAAGACUUCAAGGGAUUCAUUAUUCAGUGCAAUCGGAUAUUUGGAGCAUGGGUUUGUCCAUCGUUGAGAUGUCCAUCGGACGGUACCCGAUCCCACCACCAGACGAUAAGGAGAUUUGUCAGAUAUUUGGUCUGCCGUACGACAGUUCAGCGCAGAAGUCCAGCAGCAAGCCUGUGGGCAGGCCCAUCAGCACUUUUGGAGAUGCUCCACGAUCCAUGGCCAUCUUUGAACUUCUGGAGUGCAUUGUAAAUGAACCACCACCUAAACUACCCGCGAAAGUGUUUUCGCCAGAAUUUGUAGAUUUUGUAAACAAAUGCUUAAUUAAGAAUCCACAAGAAAGAGCAGAGCUCAGGAAUCUUCUGAUUCACCCCUUCACCAAGAAAUCCGAGACGGAAGAGGUGGACAUAGCCAGCUGGGUGUGUAAGACGAUGGGUCUCAGGAAGCUCGGCACCACCCGUAAAUCUGUGAACUCCACCCACUAGAGCCUCACCCUGUAACCAACCCAAAGAGACGUUGGGAUGCUGCCUUGGGAUUCAACUGCCCAAAGUGAUACUACUGGGUUAUUGCUAGAGUGGGUUUGUUCCGCAGGGCCCAAUUUAAUAGAGCUGCUUAGCAGAAAAUACUGUCUCCAAGUUAGAAAUUGUUUUCAUUAAGCAGAAAUGAGCAGGGUACCAGUCACAAAUUGUACAUGUGAACAUGACUUGUAACCACCAUAGAGUUAUA